AUGGUAGAUGAGGAAGAAAAGGAUAAUGAAAAUAGGCUGGAACUGGUUCGCAGUGAUCAUCAUGUUUCGACGUCUGCUAACUACAAAUACCAAAGCAUAGUCCUUGAACCACAUUUCACUAAAAUGCUGGAGUUAUACAAGGCACAGGCCGCAAGUCGUCGUCAAGCAAUGAAGAUAGUUCGUGACGAAGCUUCCAAAAUAGAUUUCCAGACUCUUUACAACAAUUUAGUUCCAGAGGUGUAUUGCCCAAUACUUGUGCGUGUUGGAACAACAUACGACGGAGGAAAGUGGAUAUGCAAUCCUUUUAGAAUCCCCAAAAACAGUACUGUACUAUCGCUUGGACUUGCGCAAGAUGUAUCAUUCGAAGUCGAACUUGAGAAAAUCACAAUGGAAUGUUGUUCUAUCUUUGCAUAUGAUUCCAGAGAAUCGGGAAAAGUGAAGCGCAUUUUUGCCGAUGUACCACGUGCCCACUUAAGGAAAGCGUACAUCGACGUUUUUGAUGAUGAAGCAAAAGAUAUUUACACGUUGGAGUCGCUUAUGAAGAUGGACAAUAUCAAAGCAGUGGAACUUUUGAAAAUGGACCUUGAGCGUGAGUCAGCUUGA